AUGAAGUUAACAGAUGUUUGCAAUAAACUCUAUAAACGGUCUACAACUCACUUUCCAAACUUAGAAUAUUAUAAAUACGAUUACUACAGGACUCCUGUUCUUAAAAAUAGAGUAACUGGUAAAGGUGAUAAAACAAGAAGAGCUGUUUGUGUAGAGGAAAUGUUACUUAUGCUGGCUUGCUUAAAAGAAAGUGAUUAUGAUCAACUACCAUGUACACAAGUGAUAGACACUUUUAAUAAGUGUGUUCAAGUUAUGGAGGAAGAUAGAAACAUGAAGAAACGUAUGCGGAAGUCUGGUAUUGUGUUACAAUCUCAAGAUGCUAAUGAUUCAUCUAAUCGACUAUCAUCUGAACAAAUUACAAGACUUUUAAGACGUUUCCCAGAACCUGAAUAA